GCCAAAGCCCGGGCCCUGGGGCAGAACGCGGCUCCUGCGCGGCCACGGCCAGAUGCCCACGUUUGCCUCCACUUUGUGCUGGCCGGGAGGCGGGGCCGCCCCUGGAUUCGGGCGGUGGCAGUUCGCUCGAGAGCCCGCGGGCCUGGCGGGCACGUCCCAGAGGGUGGGCGCGGCCUUCCGGCGGCGGCGGAGGCGGGAGGAAGCGAGCCCGCGAGGCGGCCUCUGGGUCCCGAGCGGCGCGGCCAUGGCGCUCGUGCUCGCCGCCCUGCGCGUCCUGCUGGGCGGUUUCUUUGCGCUCACGGGGGCGGCCAAGCUCUCGCAGAUCUCGGCUCCCGUGUCGCAGCAGAUGGGCCGAGUAGGAGAGGUAGAAGAGAAGUGGGAGAGCAGGAAAAGUCAACUGUGGAAAGCCCUGUUCGUGCAGUUUGCUGAGGUGUUCCCGUUGAAGUUGUUCGGCUACCAGCCAGAUCCUGUGAACUACCAAACAGCUGUGGGCUGGCUGGAGCUGCUGGCUGGGUUGCUGUUGGUCGUGGGCCCACCCGUGCUACAAGAUAUCAGUAACUUCCUCUUGACCCUCCUCAUGAUGGAUGUAAAGGAGAAGAUGGUCUCCACAAGGCAAUUCAUUUAGUGCCUGGACAUAUCAGACUGUCAAGGAGUGGUGGUGAUCGUCCUUACAACUCUGUGGGGACUAAUAUUUGAAGAUAAAAUGUUCGUUAUUUUGAAGAUUUUCUUUUUAAUUGGGCUUUCUUUGAGCAGAUUUGUUUCUGUAGUGCUGUAGGAUAAAAUGCAAUAUGAUGGGAUAUAAAAUAUGGCAACUAAGCACUGGUCACAUGCCCAGGACAGACACUGAAAUUAUACAUCGACUCAUGAAUAUUGAAAUGAAAAUCUGGCUAUGUAAAAUGUAUUUACAUUUAUGUAUUUUUUUCACGAGCAAAACAGAAAAGAUGGAAAGUAACAAUAAGCAGAAACUAAUUAGCAGCGCAAUGUCAGAAGUGGAGACGUUUGAGAUUCUGUGCUAUAAUUUAUCUUCUGCACUGUGAAUUUUAACUAAAACAAGAGGCUGUGCUGAAAACAACAUCUCCCUCUGGUCAAUUCAGGGGAAUGGUCAUUCUGAAAAGGCUGCUGCUGUUAUCACAAGAUGGGAUAAGCUUAACCAAUCAGGAUCAGCUGUUUAUGUCCCCUCCUAAAAGAAGUGCUCAUAGAAGAUAUCUAUGGCAAAUGGAACAGAGGAUGUUGUUUAAAGAAGGGUUCCUUCUAAUGCUACCUCCUGGCAAUGACUGUGAUUGGCAGUGACUGGUCAGAGUUGGAACUUGCAAAUUGAGUUUAUAGCCCAUUUUUGUCUAAAAUCCCCAGGUGUCAAUCACUAUUUGCCAAAACAAACAAGCAGAAAUAAAGUUGAGUUUCUUUUA